CUGUCGUAAAAUAUUAGCCUAAGUAAUUUCAUAAAUGUCGACUAAAAUUGACUAUUUUCAUCGUUUAACACACAUUGGUUUUUCGGGAGCGACGAAACUUACAAAAAACAAGUAAACACUGCACACAAUUUUAUCCCAGGCACCUUGAAUGCAGCAUAAAAUUCACGCGAACUGCAGCGACAUCUUGCGGCCUUUCGGAUGAUUUUAACCGCUCGUCGCUACGUGUCGUCGUUCCCGUUAAUCCCGCUGUUUAGCCACAGGAACAGGCAGCGGCAAGUCAGCAGUGAAGGCAGCGCCCGUUCCGCCCUAGCAGUUUAGCUCAGACAUGGGAGAAAUCAUCCUUCCACGGCGCAUGUUCCUCUGGAGCAUGGCGGUCAUCUAUUUGAUUGCUUUUGUUUCCCUCUAUGUGCAGAUACCAGGGCUCUAUGGUAAUGAGGGGCUGUUGCCUGCACGUCGGCAGCUGCGAUAUGGCGGUAAGUCUCUGAUGGAACAGCUGCAGUCUUCUCCCACCCUGCUGUGGUUUGGACCUCGGCUCGGCCUAGACACACACACCGCCAUGGAGCUUCUGUGCCUCUUAGGGGCGGCGCUGAGCCUGGCCGCCACGUUGAUGGAGGCUCUACGAGACAGCGUGGUGUUUUUCUGCCUCUGGGCCAUGUACCUGUCAAUGUACCAGGUGGGCCAGGUCUUCCUCUACUUCCAGUGGGACAACCUGCUUCUAGAGACGGGAUUCCUCUGUAUCCUUGUUGCUCCGCUGACAUUAAUCAGGGGGUCCCGGAGGGUCAGAGAACAUGAUGGUGUGACCUUCUGGCUGAUGCGCUGGCUGCUCUUCAGGCUCAUGUUUGCCUCUGGAGUGGUGAAACUCACAUCACGCUGUCCCACUUGGUGGGGUCUUACAGCUCUGACAUAUCACUAUGAGACUCAGUGCAUCCCCACCCCACUGGCCUGGUUUGCCCACCAGUUGCCAGUUUGGUGGCAGAAGCUGAGUGUGAUGGCAGCCUUCAUCAUUGAGAUCGCUGUACCCCUGCUUUUCUUCAGCCCAUUGCGCAGGCUCCGACUCGGAGCUUUUUACUUGCAGGUGCUGCUCCAAGUGCUCAUCAUUUUAUCUGGCAACUACAACUUCUUCAACCUGCUGACAUUAGCCCUCUGUCUGUCUCUGCUGGACGACCAGCACGUACACUUCUGGCUGCGCAAGACAGACAAGACCAACAACCAUGACUCCAAGCUGUGGUCGUGGUUGUCUUACCUGCUGGAGUUGGCAGUCUGGUCCCUCCUGAUCUUUGGAACAAUCGUAUGCUUCGACCUGCAGCUGGAUACCAAAAAGAAUGCUGUCUCCUCCAGGACAGCGUUCACAUACCAUCAGUUUAACCAUUUUCUGAAGGCUGUCACCAUCCCCUCUGUCUGGGUCGGGGUCCUGUCUCUCACGUGGGAGAUAGUCAAAGCCAUGUUCAGGUAUGCAUGUGUCUCUGGCUUCCUGAAGAGGUUUUGGGGAACCAUCCAGUGGAGUCUGUUUGCUGCUGCCACCGUCGCCAUGUUCACCAUCAGUCUGGUGCCGUUCACCUAUGUAGAGUAUGACUCUCAUGCUAGGUUGUGGCCAGGAGUGCGUAGGGCCUAUGAGCUGGUGGAUCGCUACCAGCUGGUCAACUCAUACGGCCUGUUCAGAAGGAUGACCGGCGUCGGUGGGCGGCCUGAGGUUGUCAUCGAGGGAAGUAACGAUGGAGUCAAGUGGACGGAAAUUGAGUUUAUGUAUAAGCCAGGCAACCUGAGCGCGCCUCUUCCUGUGGUGACACCUCACCAGCCCAGGUUGGACUGGCAAAUGUGGUUUGCUGCCCUCGGGGCUCAUACGCAGGCUCCAUGGUUCACCAGCCUGAUGUACAGACUGCUGCAGGGCAAGACAGAUGUGAUAGAGCUGAUCCAGACGGAUGUUACUCAGUAUCCGUUCCACCAGCAGCCGCCUACCUACCUCCGAGCCCACCGCUACAGAUACUGGUUUACUGAACCAAAGGCUGACGGAUCAUACCCUGAGCGAUGGUGGAGGAGGGUCUAUGAUGAGGAAUUUUAUCCCACAGUGCACCUGGGCAACACGUUCCUAGACAGCAUGCUCAACCAGUACGGACUCAAGGAUAAAUCGCCUCCACGUCGUCCACCCAACACCACCGUUGCCCGGGCGAUGAGGUGGAUGCGCUCUCAGAUCAAGGGUGUUCCCUCUGAAGUAUUAAUCUGGACCCUCAUUGCCUGCAGUGCCACCCUCUGUCUGCUAAAGGGACUACGAAGCAAACACACAGAACCAAAAGCACAUAACGCCUCUGUGACUGUGAACAAUCACACAGAAACUGUACCUGACGGCACUUCAGACCAUCUUGGGAAGUCAGAUGAACAUCAGGCAGCGGAGGAAGAGGAGGGGGAGCAGGGAGAGGACAGUGAGGAUGAGGCAGAGGAAGGCGAGGGAGAAGAGAAAGGCAAUGUCACUGAUGAUGAAGAGGAUGAGACUCGAGAGGAGGAGGAAGAGAUGGAUGACGAGGAAGAAGAGAGAGAGAAAGACGUCAACCCGCGGAAGAGAAGGUUUUAAGAUGCAGGUCGUCUUUUAUCACCAUCUGCCUUCAUAAAACAUAAGAAAAAAUGACCAAAGAAGUUGUUCUUUGUAUAUUUGUAUUUCCUGAUGAGAUGAUUAUGGAAAAAAGGUUUAUUUGCUGUCUCAUCUUACUGCAGUACAUUGCUCAUAUACCAGUCGACUUUAUCAGAUACUGAUCACUUAAUCACUUUAAGUGAUCACUUAAUCACUGUAAGUGAUCAGUCACAGUUUGAAAUCAGCAGAUCUUACCAGGUUUGGACAAAUAUUAAAACCACCCUUGUUGGUUGAUUUCUUUAUGUUUAAUCAAAGUGAAAUCUUGUCAACAGAGUAUGAACAUGUAUUUUUUUGUGUUUCAGAAUUUUCUUCUAUGGUGUUCCUGUUACUUUUUCUAUGCGGGUUGUAUGGCUGUAGUUGCACUUGUGUGGGUGUGGAUGCACUUGUAAACUGUAAACGCAGGUGUUUGUGUUUUGCUUAAUGUAUUUUAUAUUUUGUUCCUGUGGUUGUUGGCCUCUGCUGUAUGUACAGAACUAAAAAAAACUGCACUUUU